CAAAUAAAGGUUUCAUUUCGGGGGGGCUGUCUUGCUGGUUGCGGAAGCUAUCAUGUAGCCGGAAGUUGGAAGCAGAUGAUCAUACAGUGGGAGGGAACGAAGGCCGUAGCGAUUCCAGUCUGUUGCUACUUCACUGAAACGGAGAACUGAAGAUUCGCAGCCAAGAUGACGGACUCCAAAUAUUUCACCACAACCAAGAAAGGGGAGAUCUUCGAGCUGAAGGCGGAGCUCAACAGCGACAAGAAGGAGAAGAAGAAGGAGGCCGUGAAGAAGGUCAUCGCCUCCAUGACGGUGGGGAAGGAUGUGAGCGCCCUCUUCCCCGACGUGGUGAACUGCAUGCAGACGGACAACCUGGAGCUGAAGAAGCUGGUCUACCUGUACCUGAUGAACUACGCCAAGAGCCAGCCCGACAUGGCCAUCAUGGCCGUCAACACCUUCGUUAAGGACUGCGAGGACCCGAACCCGCUGAUCCGGGCGCUGGCGGUGCGCACCAUGGGCUGCAUCCGCGUGGACAAGAUCACGGAGUACCUGUGCGAGCCGCUGCGCAAGUGCCUGAAGGACGAGGACCCGUACGUGCGCAAGACCGCCGCCGUCUGCGUGGCCAAGCUGCACGACAUCAACGCCCAGCUGGUGGAGGACCAGGGCUUCCUGGACACGCUCAAGGACCUCAUCUCCGACUCCAACCCCAUGGUGGUGGCGAACGCCGUGGCUGCCCUCUCGGAGAUCGCCGAGUCGCACCCCAACAGCAACCUGCUGGACCUGAACCCCCAGUCCAUCAACAAGCUGCUGACGGCCCUGAACGAGUGCACCGAGUGGGGCCAGAUCUUCAUCCUGGACUGCCUGGCCAACUACACGCCCCGGGACGACCGCGAGUCCCAGAGUAUCUGCGAGCGCGUCACGCCGCGCCUGUCCCACGCUAACUCGGCGGUGGUGCUGUCGGCGGUGAAGGUGCUGAUGAAGUUCAUGGAGAUGCUGCCCAAGGACCUGGACUACUACGGCACGCUGCUGAAGAAGCUGGCCCCGCCCCUCGUCACGCUGCUGUCCGCCGAGCCCGAGCUGCAGUACGUGGCCCUCAGGAACAUCAACCUCAUCGUGCAGAAGCGGCCUGAAAUCCUCAAGCACGAGAUGAAGGUGUUUUUUGUGAAGUAUAACGACCCAAUCUACGUCAAGCUGGAGAAACUGGACAUCAUGAUCCGCCUGGCCUCCCAGGCCAACAUCGCCCAGGUGCUGGCCGAGCUGAAGGAGUACGCCACGGAGGUGGACGUGGACUUCGUGCGCAAGGCGGUCCGAGCCAUCGGCCGCUGCGCCAUCAAAGUGGAGUUGACCCUCCUUGCGCAGGUGCAGCUGCAGCUGCUGACGGCCAUAGUGAAGCUCUUCCUGAAGAAGCCCACGGAGACGCAGGAGCUGGUGCAGCAGGUGCUGAGCCUGGCCACUCAGGACUCAGACAACCCGGACCUGCGCGACCGCGGCUACAUCUACUGGCGCCUGCUGUCGACGGACCCGGUGGCGGCGAAGGAGGUGGUGCUGGCGGAGAAGCCGCUGAUCUCGGAGGAGACGGACCUGAUCGAGCCCACGCUGCUGGAGGAGCUGAUCUGCCACAUCGGCACACUGGCGUCCGUCUACCACAAGCCCCCCAGCGCCUUCGUGGAGGGGAGCCGCGGCGUGCAGCACAAGAGGCUCCCGGCCCGGUCCGGCUCGGGCGAGAGCUCGGAGAGUCCUGAGGCAGCCCAGCCUGCAGGGGGCGCCGUUUCGGAGGCCCCCCCGGCCGUCAUCCCGUCCCAGGGCGACCUGCUGGGAGACCUGCUCAACCUGGACGUGGGCCCCCCCACCACGGGGGGCGCGCCCGCCCCCCCCACCGCCAUGCAGAUGGGGGCCAUGGACCUGCUCGGGGGGGGCCUGGACAGCCUGAUGGGGGAGGAAUCCGAGCCGCUCGGCGGGGACAUGGGAGCGAGCCCAGCGAUGGGUGCUGGUUUUGGUGCUGCCCCAGCAGUCAUGCCCGCCUCUUUGAACGCCCCCGUCGGGGGUGGGCUGGGCGACCUGUUUGACCUUGGGGGUGGAGUGGGCAUGGCAUCCGGAGCCUACGUUGUGCCUAAAUCCGUCUGGCUCCCUGCCAUGAAGGCGAAGGGUCUGGAGAUCUCGGGCACCUUCGCCCGCCGCGCUGGCGUUCUCCAGAUGGAGCUCUCCCUCACCAACAAGGCCAUGAGCAUCAUGAGCGACUUCGCCAUCCAGUUCAACAGGAACAGUUUCGGGCUGGCCCCCGCCGGGCCCCUCCAGGUCCUCACGCCCCUCAGCCCCAACCAGACCAUCGAGGUCAGCCUCCCACUCAGCACCGUGGGGCCCGUCAUGAAGAUGGAGCCCCUCACCAACCUGCAGGUGGCGGUGAAGAACAACAUCGACGUGUUCUACUUCAGCUGCCAGUACCCCAUCAGCAUGCUGUUUGUGGAGGAUGGCAAGAUGGAGCGUCAGGUGUUCCUGGCCACCUGGAAGGACAUUCCCAACGAGAACGAGGCCCAGUUCCAGAUCAAAGACUGCCACCUGAACGCAGACGCGGCCAGCGCUAAGCUCCAGAGCAGCAACAUCUUCACCAUCGCCAAGCGCAACGCUGAGGGCCAGGACAUCCUGUACCAGUCCAUCCGGCUCACCAACAGCAUCUGGGUCCUGAGCGAGCUCCGCAUGCAACCCGGAAACCCCAGCUACACGCUCUCUCUCAAGUGCAGAGCCUCAGAGGUCUCCCCGUUCGUGUUCCAGUCCUACGAGAUGGUGCUGAAGAACUGAGCCUGGAGGGGGUCUGCUGGAUCGGGGGGUUGGAGGGGGGGUU